UUGAUCCACUUCACUAAAGAUGAACGCGAGCCUGUCUGGAUCGCACGAGUCCGCUGCUCUGUGUUACGAUUCUCUGAACAACUCGUGUCCUCGGACCGUGUACCCACUCACCUUGCGCUUUUCUUUCUACUUCCUCUUCACCUCCAUCUUCAUCCUCACUAUAAGUGGAAACCUGUUAGUCAUCUUUGUCAUCUUGCUUUCCCAGAAUCCCCUUUCAGCAGCCACCAAUCAUCUGAUUCUGUCUCUGUCUGUGGCUGGGGUUGUGAUCGGAGGAUUCGUGAUGCCGCACAGCAUGGUGCGCUCCAUCGAAACCUGCUGGUACUUUGGCCAGAUUUUCUGUGAAUUUCACACCACCAUCGAUGUUGUCCUGUGUAACACCACCGUGUGGCACCUUACCUUCAUCUCUGUUGAUCGUUACUUGGCCAUCUUUCAUCCUCUGCAAUACCGAAACCUGAUGACCAACAUAACUGCCGCGACCAUGAUCAGUUCCAGUUGGGGUCUGGCGUUAGUGUUUGGCUUUGCCAUUGUCAUUUCAAAUCCGCAAGUCAAGAUCAGGGAUGAUUUUUAUAAAUCCUGUGUGGGAGGAUGUUUUUCUUUGCAUGCCAGAGAAAUCGGGGUGGAAUAUUCAAUCAUCUUCUACUUUAUCCCUGUGUGCAUCAUAAUCACUGUUUAUAGCAGGAUAUUUUUUGUGGCACAAAGACACGCCAAAGUGAUUCACAGCUACAAUAAAGGCCCAACACUUUCUGCACAAUUGACAGCUAAAGAUCUCAAAGCUACCAAAACACUUGCUAUAGUUGUUGGAACCUUCCUUUUUUGCUGGACGCCAUUUUUUAUGUGCAAUAUUAUCGACCCAUUAAUAGGCCAUUUGAUCCCUACCCUUUUGUAUGAAUGUCUUAUGUGGGUUGCAUACUUAAAUGCAAUGUUUAAUCCCUUAAUAUACGUGUUUUUUUAUAGCUGGUUCAGAAAAACAGCAAAGAUCCUGCUGAGCAAACUGUUCAUGCAGAUAUAACUCAAGUGUAAAAGAUGUAGCAGCAAAUAUCACCCUAUCUAUAU